AUAGGAUAUUGUAGGGGAGUCAAGGUAACUGUCCCUUCUUUCUGCAAUGCCUAACCUCUACAAUAAGUAGAACCUCCCAUUCUCCUAUAGACAAAACCCUUCCAAGAACACCUUGAAGACAUCAAGUGAACCCACACUAAUUCCUGUUCUUUUCUGCAGAUUUCUACCAAGAAACCCUCCAUAGAUGGCAACUGAAAUGACCGUAAAGCUUCUGGUAGACAAAAACAGAAACAAGGUUCUCUUCGCCGAAGCAGGAAAGGACUUUGUGGAUUUCCUCUUCAGCCUUCUGACUUUGCCUAUGGGCACCAUAGUGAAACUCCUCACCCCAACUCAUAUCCCUACUGGCUGCAUCGGCAAUCUCUAUUCCAGCGUAGAUAAUCUGGACAACCUUUACAUCCAACCAGACGUCCAGAAAUCCCUGGUUUUGGAGCCCAAGAUUGGUUAUUGCAGCAAUGAAAUGCAAAUGCUGCUUAUGCAGAGUGCCAACUCUUCGCAGAGUAACGAACCGCCGACCCUUUAUGGUUGUACCAACUCGUACCAUAAUAGCUCUUGUGGGGGUUACGUGAGCUAUGUAAUGGAAACUAAGUGUGGUAGUUGUCAACAGAACAUGACGCGUAAGGUGUGUGUCGUUGAGGGAGAAAGCUCGACGGUGGCGAAAAGUGGUGUUGGAGGUGGAGGAGGAGGGUAUGUGAAGGAGGUGGUGACUUACAUGAUUACUGAUGAUCUGGAGGUGAAGCCAAUGUCUACCAUCUCUAGUAUUACCUUUCUUAAUAGGUAUGAUAUUAAGGAUAUCGGAGCCUUGGAGGAUAGGGUCGUUCAUUUGGGCAUGAAAGAGGUUGUGUUUUCAAUUCGUUUGUGGACAGGGUUUGGAUUUGUUAAAGACGUCAUUGCAAUCAAAGUCAGUUCUUUCGGAUGUCUUCCUUAAAGAAGAGAUCUAAUAAGUUUUAAACCAUCUUCUUCUUCUUCACCAAAGACUUGCCCAACACAGUGACUUGUUUCUUCGGGUUGGCUUCUUCAGUAGCUCUCAUUUUCAUCAUCUUUCUCGUCUUCUUUGUUUUGUUUGUGGUGGUAACACCUCUAGUUUUUCAGUUCUGAGUUGUGGCUGUAAUUAAUGUUGUGUUACUUUGUUGGCUUUAAUUCUCCCUAUCCUUAUUAUCUUCCUAUUUGAUAAUUCACAUAGAACUGGGAGAACUGAAUUAAUAUCAUGUUGCUUUUUUUUGUGAAAA